CGUAUGCAGACAGCGCUUCUGUCGUGACCGAACGAGGGAAGGAGCGUUUUUUGGUCCAUUUGCUCAGAAAAGCAGUUCCGUUUGAGGGUUUUGGAGUUUAUGGGGAUGUGUUCAAGGCAAGAGAGGAUUCAAAAAGACGUCGACAUCGUAAUACAGAGGUGCCAGGCGGAGAAGGACUGCCUUUUCUCGGAUUUCCGAUUCAGUGACGCCACCUUCACGUUUACCUACUCAAAAGGAUCUAGAAGGGUGUCCUACUCUGUUCACGUCUCUGAUGAUUAUCCAGACAACACAUAUGUCUCAAACUCUGAGAACGACGAUGAAGUAUUAGUUACCAGAGACCCCAUUCCAGUUAUUUUUCACAGAAUUGCGACAGAGAUUCGGAUCAGUAAUGAUGCCACCAGCUGUCUUUCCAUCAAGUCGAAACUUCAGAUCGACAAAACCACAUUCCAUUUCGCUGUAGAAGAGGAUUCAGAGGGUGAUAAUGACUCAGAAGAGUUCUACUAUGGUGGCCAGGUGAAUUAUGAUGGAGAGCUUCACAAACACCCUCAGCUGGAGGCUGACCUGGCAGCCGUGAGGGAUUUAUAUGGCCAUCAUGCAGUAUCGCUCAGGGAAUAUGGUGCAAUUGAUGAUGUAGACAUUGACCUUCACAUAGAUGUCAGUUUUCUAGAUGAGGAAAUCGCUCUUGCUUGGGACGUGAUCAGGACCGAACCUGUUAUUGUACGUCUUCACUGCUCCCUAACGCAGUAUCUAAACGGACCAGUUCCCACCGUUGAUGUAUUCCAGAUGUCUACAAAAGACAGGUUCGGCCUAGGACACCAGUUAAAAAAGAUAAUGCAGACCUUUGUCACACAGGAAUGGAAGCAUCAUACUAAAGACAAACUUAACUGUCCACAUAGCAAAAAGCAGCCAGAUAAGAAGGUCAAGUCUCCUCUGCACAUCUUCUCAACUCUUCGCAGGUCCCCCAGCUACCCCCCACCCGGCUGCACGAAGAACAAAAAAAAGCUCAAGCCCGAGCAGGAUGGCGUGUCCAAGUCACACCGGCUCUUGCGCCGCACGUGUUCGAGCGCCGUGAAGCCGGAGGUGGACGGUUGUGUCAGCAAGCCACGCAAGCUUCUGGGCCCCUCGCUGUCGGAACAGCUGCAGGGCCUCAAACCGCCGCAGCCGCUCGUAUCCAGGCCCGACGAGCGUCAGGUAUCACGGCCUCACCGGCUCCUACCCCGAUCCGGCUCCGGGGAGCCCCGCUGUGAUCGGAGCGCGGGGGUGGACGGUACGUGCGUGCUGAAGCCCCACCGGCUCCUGAACCGCACGGACGAGCUAGACGGCCUCAAGCACCAUCAACGGCUUCUCGGCAGGUCCAGCUCCAGCAGUGCCAAGAUGACCAAAGGCGAGACGCUUAAAGAGCCUCCCGGGGAGAGUCGAAGGCUCUCGCUUACCUCAGGGCUCAUAGGCAUCCUGGCCCCAGCACUCUCACAAACGCCUCCGCCAAACAAUGGAGCCAAGUCGAUACCAGCCAGAGACCACGGCUUUCUCGUCCAGACGAUGGAGUACGCAGAGCAGAGGAUCCUGGUUCUGAACGAGUUCUGUGUGGUCUGCGACGAACCCCACGUGUUCCAAAAUGGACCAAUGCUCAGACCCACAGUGUGUGAAAGAGAGUUAUGUGUCUUUGCCUUCCAAACACUAGGGGUGAUGAACGAAGCUGCCGAUGAGAUUGCCACGGGUGCCCAGGUCGUCGACUUGCUGGUCUCUAUGUGUCGCUCUGCUCUGGAAUCCCCCAGAAAAGUCGUCAUUUUUGAGCCAUAUCCCUCCGUAGUGGAUCCCAGCGAUCAUCAAUCACUGGCCUUCAACCCACGGAAAAAGGACUAUGAUCGAGUAAUGAGAGCUCUGGAUAGCCUCACGUCUAUAAGAGAAAUGACCCAGGCUUCAUAUCUGGAAAUAAAAAAGCAAAUGGACAGAGUUGACCCCCUUGCUCACCCGCUUUUGCAAUGGGUCAUAUCCAGUAAUAGGUCUCACAUCGUGAAGCUACCAGUAACCAGACAACUAAAAUUUAUGCACACCCCACACCAGUUCCUCUUACUAAGCAGCCCGCCAGCCAAAGAAUCCAACUUCAGAGCUGCCAAAAACCUCUUUGGGAGUACCUUUGCUUUCCACGGCUCACACAUAGAGAACUGGCACUCCAUUCUGAGGAACGGCUUGAUUGUGGCUUCCAACACAAAACUUCAGCUCCAUGGUGCCAUCUAUGGGAGCGGAAUCUAUCUCAGCCCAUUGUCAAGCAUUUCCUUCGGUUACUCAGGGAUGAACAAAAAGCAGCAGAAAGUUGCAUCCAAGGAUGAGACUGCUACAAACAAGACCAAUAUUCAUCUGCAGUCACAAAAGAAGGGUCAGCAGCCCCAGUUUCUGCAGAGUCGCAAUCUGAAAUGUAUAGCCUUAUGUGAAGUUAUUACUUCAGCGGAGCUUCACAAGCACGGCGACAUCUGGGUGGUUCCAAACACCGAUCAUGUCUGCACGCGAUUCUUUUUUGUUUAUGAGGACGGACAGGUGGGCGACACGAGCAUUAACACACAGGAUCCCGGGAUCAAUCGGGAGAUCUUAAGAGUCAUCGGAAAUCAGACGGCCACGGGAUAGUGAAUUCAGACGCAAUACCGCCGCCUACACCUGCCUUCCUGUCUCACAUGUUUCACACAACACACAAAAAGUCAUUUCUGGUGUACGCUAUUCAUACCCAGUGGAGUCCGAUGUGUUUUUACGAUGUGACACUGGCUAAUCAAAUUAAGCUUGUUAGGCUGCGUUCACAAUAACGUUCUUGGCAUCUGUCUAAAAACCCAUAAAUAUUUGAUACUUAGUUCUGUCGUGGAUUGGGACACAGCUGCUUGCAAUGUAUUCUCAUUUAUGUAUACGGUAUGAUAAAGUAUGAUUCUUUUACACCAGCCAGCGGUGGAUUCUCACAGAGAGCCAUACCGCAGUAAGAAGAAACCCCAUUCAACCUCUCAUCCUUCAGACACAGCCAAUUGAGAUUCAAACUGAGCUCAAGAUUGUGAGCUUGAGAUCUUCUUGGUACCGGACUACCAUAUUAGACCACAGCGCCACCUAUGCUCCACCAGUAGGUUUUCGACGAUGCAGAAAAUGUCAUUGUGAACACAGCCUGGCAGAUUCUACACAAGCAAGAACACCACACCAGCAGAAUCUUUCAAAUACAGAAAGGUUUGUACUCACACAUGACGCCUAAAUUGCUGCAAUGCAAAUGGUGUAAAAAAUCAUCAAUAAUUUGUAGACCAGAUUUUGAAAUUUCAGAGACGACUAACAGUUUUUCUGUUCGUUAUGUGCCACUGGUUUCUUUUAUGUUUGUGUAUUUGCCACACUGAGGCAU